AUGAAAAUUCGCCAAUACGGGCGAUCUUUUAGCACAGUCGUGUUAAUUAAUAUUUUUUAUACUUCAUAAGUUUUUUCUAUAAAUAACAGUGAGUUAUGCAAGAUAAAGCAUUUUUGUGGAUAUUAGCUUCUUAAUUGUGUUAUAAAAUUUAAUAUUUUAAUACUUUAGUGGUGUAGUUAGUCUUCCGUGUAUAUGUACAUAUCUAAUUUUUAACAAAAACGUGUUGUGGAAAAGGUUGUGCUAAAAUUGAAGAUAUUUCAGUGUGUUUAAAAAAUUAUAUCAUGCGGUACAAUAAGAGGAGAUCAUCGCAAACUACUCGGACGUCUCGUCAUUCCGAUAAGAAAUAUACCAUCCAACUAGACUUGGAUUAUCUGGAGCGCGGUGGAGGCGGCACCUUGGCUGUGAGCGGCGCGCCUAGCGUCGAGCCGAGCCCCGAUAGCUUGGACCUCGUAAAGGUCGUGCUGCUCGGAGCGCCGGCCGUGGGAAAAACUAGUAUCAUACAGCAAUUCGUCUGGAGCGAUUUCUCAGAAGAAUACAUUCCAACGGACAGAAAACAUACAUUUUAUCCAUCCGUGAUCAUCAACGAGCAUCUGUACGAGGUUAAGAUAACUGAUGUGCCAGUCAUCCCUUACUUUCCAAUAAACUCCUACUACGAAUGGGCACAUUACCGUUUUUACGGGCUCCGAAACGCGACCGCAUAUAUUCUAGUAUUCGAUCUAUCUAAUGUGGAGACGUUUCAAUAUAUCAGGACGUUAAGGGACCAAAUGGUCGAAAGUCGAGAUAUGAGGAAUGUCCCCGUUCUAGUUGUCGGCAACAAGCAGGAUCUGCUGUGCAGUACCACCCCGUCCGCAGCGAGCGGCUUACAGCAGCUGGCGAUGGCCGAGAGUGCGUGUGGUGAUUCCCGCGAGAAGCGUAGAAACAUAGUGAACCUUGUGCGCAAGCAUUGGAAGUGUGGUUAUGUGGAGUGCUCCGCGAAGUACAAUUGGCGUGUGAUAGCCGUGUUCAAAGAGCUAAUGGAGAUGAUAGACGCGUUGGAGUGCAGUGGUGGCGUGCGCAGUGCUGAGCCGCCGCCUGACGCCUCAGCUGGCGGAGGGACGGCGCACGAAAACCGCUGUGUGAUUGCUUAGCACCUCUCGAUGUUGAAACGGUACGUACACAGGACAUUUUCGUUCUCAUCCAACAAUCAGGACAACUGAGUACCGUAGGGUAUAGUGUAAAAUUAGCAAUGUUAUCAUAUCAUUUCUUCACGUCAAUAGCUCAAUAUUCUUAAUGGUAUUCAAGGUUUGUACAUAAAUUUAAUGUAAGUAAUCGCAUUUUAUGACCUUAUUGUCUAUCGAUGACAGGUAAAUGCACGUAAAUAACAGUUUGGUAGUAUUAACUAACUACUAGUCAUGUUAAUUUUCUGAGCACUAUUAU